UGCGCACGAUCGAUCCUUGGGCGAGUCUCAAGGGUAAAGGGGAGCGAUUGAGGAACGGAGCGAUUUUGCGCGGGUUUAGACGGACUUUUAUAUUAGCCGUGUGGUCGCGUUAUCGCGAGAGGGAUUCGAGAGUGAUUCCUGUUAAAGGGGAUAAAAAGAAAGGCGUCGAAUAUACGUCGGUAAUCGGUGAAUCGCGCUGGAAUACGUCGACUUCGAGGUUGUCGUCAUCGUGUGCGUCGAAGAACAAGUAGUACGUAAACCGUGAUUCUGCUACCUCGCAAUAAUAUUUUACGACGAGGAAAAUCAAGGAAAACGUGGAGAAAAUCGGGCUUGAAAAGCUCGACGUGAUACGACAACGUCAGAAUCGCGGCGAACCUCAAACGUCACCGAACUGUCAUCGGGAUCCCUCGGCUAUUGCGGCUAAUGUUCGUUCAUUGUCUAUUAUAAUCUAGAAGGAAAGAGAGAGAACGAGGAGAAGAAGAAGAAGGAAGAGAGGAAAGGACGGCAAAGUGCAAAGUUAGAUUUACUUAACCCAAAUUUAUCCAGGGUAUCGCCGGUGCUGAAGAGGCCUCGGCUCCCCGGGACGCCUUUUUUUAUCGCUGGACUUUUAUCGAUGGUGCACGAGAAUAGAUCAACUGUAAACGUAUCUGUUUUCAGCGCCGGCUAUGAGCUCAUUGUACAAACAUCAUGACGGACACUCGCCCUUGCCGCGACACGAAGGACCCUCCCUGUCAACGCGGAGCUUCCUCGUCGCGCUGAUCCGCUCCGAAGGAACCGCGAAGAAUGCGCGAGCCUAAGUGCGAGUCGAGAGGUAUCGGUGUGUGAAAAAAGUGAUCGCGAGAUCGGGACGGUUCGCGAACCGUAGGACUUUCAGUGUCUAGUGUCAUCGAGUUUCAGCUUGGUCAACCAUGAAGAAACAAUUCUUCCGGGUGAAGCAACUGGCCGAUCAGACCUUCUCCAGAGCUGGUAGAACAGAAGUAUUAACGGAUGAUUUAGUGGCUGCUGACAAGCAUGUUGAACAGAUUAGAGCAGCUCUUACCGGUCUCAGUAAAAGACUCGGAAACCCACCAAACCAAACUAUUACACAAGACCAAGUUCUUAAGGAAAAACGUUUGAAAAAAUGUCCCGAGUAUAUACUUGGACAAACCAUGUUGGAGAAUGCUGGUGAAGACGGUCUCAUGAGUUUUGCAUUGGUAGAAUGUGGACGAGUGCAAAUGUCACUGGCUAAUGAAACUGUAGAACAUGAGGCAAAAGUCGAGCAAUAUGUGGCUGCUCCAUUACAGCAUAUUUUAGAUACCGAUGUACCAAAUAUAUUGAAGCAUAAAAGGAAUUUGACACGUCACAUUUUAGAUAUGGACAGUGCUAGAACAAGAUAUUUUCAAGCAAUUAAACACAGCACUGGUACAGGUGCAACAAAGAUAGAUAAUUUGAAGGAAGAAUUAGAAGAUGCCGAAUCGAAAGUUGAACAAUGCAGAGAUCAAUUGGCUGCAGAAAUGUUUCAGCUUAUGUCGCGGGAGACUGAACUAGCUCAAACAAUUAUCCAAUAUAUAAAACUUCAGCGAGCAUAUCAUGAAAGUGCAUUGCAUUGUCUUGAAGAUCUUAUACCUGGUUUGGAGAGUUAUAUUAAUGAUAAUGAAAUGAAACCAGUCUAUGGAUAUCCUCUUGAAGAACAUCUUAGGGUGACAAACAGAAAAAUUGCACUGCCCAUACAAUUAUGUGUAUCUGCAUUAUUGCGUUUGGGUAUAGAGGAGGAAGGUCUUUUUAGAAUAGCUGGCGCCGCGUCGAAAUCGCGACGAAUUAAAUUAAGUCUAGAUGCUUGUUGCCUUAGUUUAGCAACGGCCCUUGAAUACAAAGAUCCGCAUGUUAUUGCUGGCGCGUUGAAAUCGUAUUUACGAGAAUUACCGGAGCCUCUAUUGACGUACAAAUUGUAUCACGAAUGGAUGGCUGCGGCCAAAAUUUCGCACAAUGAUACGAGGUUGCGAGCUCUUUGGGAGGUAUUACAUAAACUGCCACCAGCAAACUUGGAAAAUUUGCGGUUUUUAAUUAAGUUCUUAGCUGUGCUCACGAAAAAUCAAGAUAUAAAUAAAAUGACACCGCAAAACAUCGCCAUUGUCAUUGCACCAAAUCUGAUUUGGAGUCCGCAAGAGGACGCAAAUACGAUGGUAAUGAAUAUGAGUACAGCAAACAACUCUAGUCUUAUAGUAGACCAAUUAAUUACAUAUGCAGAUUGGUUCUUCCCUGGUGAAGUAGAUUUUGAUCGUGAUCUGGAGAUCGGUAUCAUGAAUGAUACGGAAAAUCAGAAUAUUGGUAUGCGUCGUUGUGUAUCCAACAGUAGUCUCAGUGAUCACGGCGAAAGUCCAACGCAAGGCAGUCCGAAACCGGCGGCGCGUCGAAAAAAUAAACCAGCACCAACACCACCGAAUGCCAAUACUCCGGACAGGCAUGAGAAGAGAGACGACAAGCCCCCGACGCCGGACAAACCACCGAGAGCGUUGACAUCUACUCUAAAUCGAUCAACGUAUAAGGCUCAGAAACACGAAGUAAACACCGAAUUGAUACGACCCGAAAGCAACGUAGAGAAGCAUGAUAAACAUAUGGAAAUGGAUAUGAAAUCAACUUCGGAACCGAUUCCGAUCGAAUCAUCUCGUUUUGUUGAUAAUCCCGAACGAUUACAAGAAACCAGCACUCACCAAAGUGAAGUCUUCAAUGACGUGGAUAAAAGUACCCAAGAACUACAAAGAUAUGACGCGAAAGUAAAUGUAUCAAGUGCAAAAGAGAAACCAAAUGGCAAUUCGUCCGAUAAUGCUAAGAUAAUUACAGAAAUCGAGCAUAGUGAAAUUAUAGUACAGAAACCAAAACCAGUGCCUACAGAAAAACCUUCUACGUUAGAAAGGAAAAGACCAGUUGCGGCACCAAGAAGUAUAACAAAUAUCGUGCAUAACACAGAAGAAGGCGUUGAAUUACGUAAAAAAUUAGACAGCAAUAUUACAAAUAUGCAUGUAUCUCCAAAUGAAAAAAGCGGUAAACCAGCGAUCCCUGAGCGACCGCCCGGCUUAGUUCGUCCAUCAAGUCUCAUUAGACAACAGCCGCGUCUUACGAAUGACAAUCUAGAAACUGAUCCAGGGCCUUUGACACUGGAAAGGGCUCACGUGUACUCUGUGGACAAGCAACAGGUCAGUAUAAUACAAGUGCGUGGGGGGAACAGUGCCAUCCCGGGCAUCGAGAGCACUGGCAACACGGCAACUUCGAACUUGCAGAGAAGCCCAAGCGUAGGUAGCCGGCCGUCGUCGAUGUCGUUGUACGGCACCGAACGUUCGGAGAAGCCCGAGAAGCAGGACAUGCCUCACGAACAAACCAAGGCCCAUGCACGAACCAGAUCGGAGGGUAAUAUUAUGGACGUACAAACGCAGACCAACACAAUAGUGACGGUUCUCAAGUCGCCGCAACAAAAACCAGCCUCGCCGAGAGUUCAUCAGCGACCACCCAGGCCGCAACCGCCACCGCCGCCGCCUCCUACUGCCCGGCCUAAAUCGGAGCAAGAAAGCACUAAUCUUUAAGGCUCCUGGAUCCUCGCCACGGUUAUGUUAGAUUUUGACGUCAGCGGGGAGAAAGCACAUGCUGAAACACAUUCUUAGAUGUCAUUUUUAAAUGAAAAUAUAUUUUGUUGAAAUACUACUUCAGAUAGUUUUAGUAUACUUUGAAAAUACCUCGAAAGUUAUUCUUUUUCCUCAACAUGUGGAAUGACACUUGUGCCAAGACCAGACUGGGCCUCAUAUUGCAGUCAUUUUACAGCUGUUGAUUGCUCAUAAAGGGAAAAGAAGUGCUGUUUUAUCGAAAUAUCUUUUUAUUAUGAAAUAUCAUCUAAGAAUUUUUAGCGUAUUUUCCCGGUUCUGACGUCAUAAUUCUAACAUGAUCGAUGAGGAGCCAGGAGCCUUAAUGGAGCUCGAUGCGCGGUGCGAGAGACAAUCGCGACCUUGAAAGAACUCUCGAUGAACUAUCGCCGAUGUCUAUUGUUAAAAGAUAAAGAUUUUACACGCAUGAUGUCAUCAGUAAAAAUCUAUACACGGACAAAGAAUUAAUGGGAAUUUUCGAUCGAUGAGAAGCAUUGUGAUUGUAUAAAGAAACAUCGACACGCGUUCGUCCAUCAUCGGGAAUUGCAAAGGAGGCGAGUAUAUUCGUAGAUUUGAUAAUAUUCGGACAAAGUUACUCUAUUUUCCCGUGAUCUCCCUAUUUAUACGACUUCUUAUUAUAUUCCAAUGGAUAAUCUAAUGAGAAGAGCGUGUUGAUAAUUGCCAUUAUACGGUAAAAAACAGGAGGAUUCACAUAGAUAUGCAUUUGGACGUUUUGCAUUCGGCAGCUUCUAGCACGCCGUGUGUUGUAUUGAAACCAAUUUUAGGUAUACAUCUAUCUAAUUUCGUAAUCGAUCAUGAUAUUUUUGCAGCUUAUUACCAAUUUUUAUACUUAUUGCGAAUAAGAAGAGACGAGCUCUAAGAAUAAGAAUAUGAGUUUAGAUCGCAUUUUUACUGUAAAUAUUGAAGUGCACAAAAUUCUGUGUGCUCAAUAUACAAAGUUGAAGUUAUUAUCAGAAUCAACAUUAGUCUGCAAAACGUUAAAUAACAUCAGCGUUAAAAAUAUAAAUUUUUAAUUGAUACGUCCAUUAAAAGAGGAAAAAUGAAUUAAUGUUUGAAAGGACUGACACGAUCAGUAUGUUGGAAUUGAAUUAACGGGUGAUAUUUAUUAGCAAGGAUUGUUUGUUAAUCGUUAUAAAAUACUGGAAAAAAAUGAACGCAUCGGCACCUUAUAUUUGAUACAUGAUUCUGAAUUAGUGUUAAUAUCUGAAAAGCGAAAGAUUCUUUUCUAAUAUAAUUAAACAUUAAUUUUUACAUUUAAAUCUCACGAAAUAUUUACAUGCAAUAAACUCGUGAUCUUGAA